GGGAGGGGUGUGCGCAUGCGCGUGGGCGCCGCCAUUCAAAGUCUCGGUUCCGCUUCUGAGGAGGAGGAGGAGAGAACCAUGGUCGAGAAGGAGGAGGAGGCCGGCGGCAAUGGAGGAGGCGGCGGCGGCGGCGGCGGCGCAGCAAUCAGCGAGGAGGAGGCGGCGCAGUACGACCGCCAGAUCCGCCUCUGGGGCCUGGAAGCGCAGAAACGCCUCCGGGCAUCUCGGGUGCUGCUGGUGGGCAUGAAAGGUCUGGGAGCAGAAGUGGCCAAGAAUCUCAUCCUGGCAGGAGUCAAAGCACUGACCAUGCUUGACCAUCAGCAGGUGAUGCCAGAAGAUACAAAAGCACAGUUCCUAGUCCCUACGGGUUCAUUGGGUAAAAACAGAGCAGAGGCUUCGCUGACACGUGCUCGGGAUCUUAACCCCAUGGUGGAUGUGAAAGCAGACCCUGAGAACAUUGAACAGAAGCCAGAAGAGUUCUUCACACAUUUUGAUGUGGUCUGUUUGACAUGUUGCUCCAAGGAAGUACUUGUGAAAGUUGAGCAAAUAUGCCAUAAGAACAAUAUCAAGUUCUUCACGGGUGAUGUCUUUGGCUACCACGGAUACAUGUUUGCCAACUUGGGGAAGCACGAAUUUGUGGAGGAGAAGACCAAGGCAGUGAAAGCCAGCCAGGGAACCGAAGAUGGACCUGACACAAAGAAGGCCAAGCUAGAUUUUACAGAGACCACACUGGUGAAAAAGUGUGUCACUUUCUGCUUUCUGAAAGAGGCCUUGGCUCUCAACUGGAGCAGUGAGAAGGCCAAGGCUGCCCUGAAGCGCACCACACCAGAUUAUUUCCUGCUUCAAGUGCUUCUGAAAUUCCGGUCAGAAAAGGAUCGUGAUCCUUGUGUGCAGAAUAGCGCAGAAGACGCUGAGGUGCUCUUACAGAUUCGUAACGAUGUGCUGGCCUCUCUGGGCGUCGAGAGUGACCUGCUCCCUGAUGACUUUGCCAGCUGCUGCUUCUCAGAAAUGGCUCCUGUCUGUGCUGUCGUUGGAGGCGUGCUUAGCCAGGAAGUUGUCAAGGCCCUGUCUCAACGGGAUCCUCCCCUCAACAAUUUCUUCUUCUUCAAUGGCAUGAAGGGCAGUGGGAUUGUGGAGUGUCUGGCUCCCACCUGAAUCUGGACUUUGAGUAAUCAUUGGAGUGAUAGCCUACAGCCCACAGUUCUCUGUCAGAUUCUCCUUCCAUCCAUCUGCAGCUGCACCUUUGAGUUGAGGAGAGGUGAUACCCCUUGUUCUUUCUCUCUCUCCCAUCAACUUGGGUGCCCUUUGUUUCAGUAUUCAUUAAAGUCUUUUCUUAAUA